GCGGAAUAUUACCUGUCAGUUGUUGCUUUGACGACCGGGAUGUUUAUUCUACUUUAGCUAUUUUGUGUUAACAUGUGACUGUCAUUAUUAAGCUGAAAAAAGUUUUAUGAGAAGAGAACUUAUAGGAAUUUUUGUUUAUUGAUGUCAUUAUAUGCUGGUAUAUUCUGGAACUUUAAGGAGACUUCAAAAUGGCUCAGGUAGAUAAGGAUACCAAGAAGGAAGCUAAUGCGACAAGGGAGGGUGCUUGGGCAGCUGCUGGCUUUGCUGUUGUCCUUGUAGUCGUGGGCUUACCUGUGUGGUGGUACACUACGACCGUUUAUCGUGCUCACUUGCCCUAUGGCACUAUACAACGGCUUUCUCAGCAGCUCAGGUACCAUGGAGUGGGAAUGACUCUCGUUGGGGUAACAGACCCCAGCUUUAAAAUGGACCUGGAACGGCAGUUGAAGUCUAUGCGUUCCAUGAAGUUUCUCCUGGCCCAGAGACGACCAGAAAAAGAGGAGCUGAAAAUCAUAAGAGCAGCAGACACUCUUCAUGACUUGGAUGAAAAGCUGACAGCCAAAGCCUGGAUAGCAUCGGGAACACUUGGACUCUUCAUUUUGUCAGGCUCAGAUUCCAAAGUGUUAGAUGCAGUUAAGAAUGAGCAUAGCAGUCGGCAACAUCGAUUAAUAUUUGUGAAGCCAGAAGUUGAUGUGACAUUACUUAGUUCAGUCAUCAAGGACAUGGUAAUCAACACCCUAGCCAGCAAAAAAGCCGAUGGAAACAAGGUUCUUCAUGAACUUAAAGGGCAACAGAGGAAGGAAGCCAUGAGACAGGUUCCAACAGAGCCAGGUUAUGAUGUAACUCUUACACUAAUGGUGCCUGAGCCCCAGUUGAUAUCUGUCAACUGGGAUGCAAAGAAGGCAGUCUCAGAUUACCUGAAGCCAUUUGCAAAGCAGGUGCAAAGCAUUUCUGAAAUCAGUAUAAGGUCUCAGGUACUUUAUAUGACUGGCCUUAAUGUAUCCCCACAGUGGUCCUCAUCUUAUUCCCAUUUUGCCUUGCCAGAAGAACAGCUGCCUUUGACCAUAAAUGCAAUUGAGGCCAAAUUAGGUUCGUAUGUUCGGACUAGGCCAUCUCUUCAUUUUGUGGUCUAUAUUCCAAGGGUAAAACAGGCUCCUCUGUUCAUACAUAAAGCAGAUGGCACUCCUUUAGAAAUAAACAGCUUUAUGGUACCCAGGUGGGGAGGAGUGAUGAUUCAUAAUGUUCCUGCACUGGAUGCCAAUGCUUCUUAUCCCCAGUCUGUCGAGCUUGAUACCCACUGGAUUAUGACAACUGUAUUAACUCAUCUCCACAAACUUUUGCCCGUUCCAACAGUGAAAAAUGAGGAAGGUGUUUUAUUAAUGGCACCCAAAGAGUCUUGCAAAUUGGCUGACUGGCAGCUGGAUGGCCUAGCACGUGCGAGGGUGUCGUCAUAUCUGGCUAAUAUUCGCAUAACAUUACAGUCGCUCUGCGAAUUGGUAGGGGAGAUCAGCAAUAUGGUGAUAAGUGAUGAAGUGGGAGGAUGGGUGUGGGGCGCUGUGGAGGAGUGGGGUGAGUGUGGCACAGCAACAAGGGAGGGAAGGUUGCAGGAAGCAACCCUGUAUUGCAGUCGCUCUUUCACUCAGGCUGAUGCAGCUUUCUUCCACCCUUCCAUGUUGGCACUUUUAUACUUCCCAGAUAAUCAGAAGUAUGCAAUAUAUGUGCCGCUGUUCUUGCCGGUGAGUAUUCCUGUAAUUUUGUCACUCAAGGUUGUUUUGGGCCUCUACAAGAAACAAACUCCGCAAAAGUUGAAAGGUGACUAGUUAUGUACACUUAUUCCUUGUAGUGGAGAACAUUACUAAUCAAGGGUGAUGUAGUGUCCGGAAGAAGAAGUAGCAUUUGUUUUUUGACUGACUGUGGCCGUUAGGUACAAAGAGUGAUGUUAGCAUUAGGGCAUGUGAUGUAAAGGCCAGAUUUUUAUUUGGAUGAAGUUCAUUUGACUUGUCAAGGCAAUUGUAUUUAGUGACUGAUAUAUUUAUUGUGUCUAGAAGUUCAGGUCUACAAUAUAUUUGUUUAAAAAUGUAAUGGCAAACAUUUUAAAGAUGGGGACCAAUUUCAGCAAAAUAUUGUCCCAGAUUUGUAUACUACACAAUGAAAAGUAUAUGAAAUGUUUUUGAUCUCUGCUGAUGCAUGUUUAUUUUACUGUGAUUAUGGGUGAUGUAUGAUUUUAUACUAGAUGUAAAUACGAUGUUGUUCAUAUAACGGAACAAACCUUGGUCUUAACGCAAGGCUAAAUUUUCUGGCACCAGCUGGAGUCUGGUUAAAAGUAACAGAAGGAAUUGGCUGCAUCUUAUUAGCAAAGCUCUUCCAUUGCUCAGGAGGCCAAAGACAACACAGAGCAAGGGUUACUUACAUUGUAAACAUUAGAUCUGCACCUACUACAAGUGGGGAGAGGGUCAUCAUACAAUGAAGAGAAGUAAUAGGAACAAGGGAUGCUACCAUCUCUUGGACAUAAUCUCUUAUCUCUGAUGCCUGGGAGGCUUACCUGAAACACAGGCAUGCAUUUUGGGAAAUACAAGUAAAGCACAGAUCAAAAACACAUAAAAUAUACACAACAAAAAAAGAAAGAAAAAUCCAGAAUGCAGUAGGCAUAUGUGGGUACAAAGUACUAAAUAACUGACUUCUUGUGAAAGAUAGGCACCGAAUCGCCUUGCUACGAAGACGCCUAGAGAGAAACUGAAAUGAUGAUGCAUAACGGGGUAAAGCAGGUCACGUAACUUCCUCCUACUCCCCUAUUGACUGACGCCUGUUGCCACCAAUUCCUUGGGCUAUUUUUAACCGGACUCCAGCUGGCCCCAGAGAAUUUAUCCUUACGUUAAGGCCGAAGGUUUGUUGGUUAUGAAAAAUACAAAUUGAUUUAAGAUUUUUCAUAUUUAAUCAGAUGUAAAAAUCUUGUGUAAAUGAUUGCUGCAAUUUGCUACUUCUAAGGAAGCCAUUUUGUAGUUAUUGGUAGACACUUGCUAAUUUCCUAAGCAGUGGUCUGUAUAUUUGGUCACACGAUGUUAAUUUAGUAAGUAAUUUUGAAAGUACAUUAAACACUUUACAUUGUG